UCUUAUCAAAACAUGAUUUUGUUCAACGUUGCACUCUAAUUAAACAUAAUUAUUUAUAAUUAACUAAAAUUUAGUUUUAAAAUGCAGCCAGAUUUAACUGAAAGGAUAUUACAAUACUUGAAUGAACAUGAAAGAGUAGAUACGUUAGAUUUAGUUCCAGUGUUUAAUGUUGAUCAUCAAAAGAUAAUUGGAGCACUUAAAAGUAUUCAAGCUUCCGGCGAAUUGGUUAAGGCUGAACAAACAUCGCGGAAAACAUUAGAGCUUACUGAAGAAGGAAAAGAAGUAUCUAAGCAUGGAAGCCACGAAGCUAUUGUGUAUUAUUUCAUUCCAUUGCAAGGAAUACCUCAAACAGAACUUAUGAAAAGUUCUCCAAAUGCAAAAGUAGGUUUUAGCAAAGCUAUGUCGCAAGGAUGGAUUCUCGUCGAUAAAUCAACUAAUCCACCGUUAAUCAAACGAAAAGUGGAUAAAAUUGAUGAUACAGUAAAAUUGCAUUUAGAAAAUUUAUCGAAAGGGGAACCAAUUCCGGACAAAUUGAUUAAUGAUUAUAAAAAAAGGAAACUUGUGCAGGAAAUUGUAACUAAAAGCUUUAUUUUAACUAAAGGUCCAGAAUUUGCCUUAGUCUUAACAAAACUAGAAACUGACUUGACGGUUGAUAUGCUGGCAUCAGGGCUCUGGAAAAAUUUAAAGUUUAAGGCAUACAAUUUUGAUUCUCUUGGCGUUCCACCUGAGAGGGGCCAUUUACACCCCUUGUUAAAAGUAAGAACUGAAUUUCGCCAAAUAUUCUUAGAAAUGGGAUUUUCGGAAAUGCCGACAAACAACUAUAUUGAAUCUUCAUUUUGGAAUUUUGAUGCGCUUUUCCAACCUCAACAACAUCCUGCUCGAGAUGCACAUGAUACAUUUUUUAUCAGUCAUCCAUCAAAAAGUUUCAAAUUCCCACAUGAGUAUUUGGAACGUGUUAAACAUGUACAUUCAAAGGGUGCCUAUGGAUCCCAAGGUUACGGGUAUGAUUGGAAAAUAGAAGAAGCUCAAAAAAAUCUAUUAAGAACUCAUACAACCGCAGUCAGUGCACGAAUGUUAUACAAAUUAGCCAAUCAACCAGAUGGUUUCAAGCCAGUGAAGUAUUUCAGCAUUGACAAAGUUUUUCGUAAUGAAACUUUAGACGCUACUCACUUAGCUGAGUUCCAUCAGGUAGAAGGUGUUAUUGCCGAUGUCGGACUAACGCUAGGUGACCUUAUUGGCACUUUAUAUGAAUUUUUCAGAAAAUUAGGUAUCACGCAAUUAGAAUUCAAACCAGCUUAUAAUCCUUAUACUGAACCGAGCAUGGAGAUUUUUUGUUAUCAUCCUGGUCUACAAAAAUGGAUCGAGGUUGGAAAUUCUGGAGUGUUUCGACCUGAAAUGUUAUUACCAAUGGGACUACCAUCCAAUGUCAAUGUAAUCGCUUGGGGUUUAUCUUUAGAAAGACCAACAAUGAUAAAAUAUGGAAUUAAUAAUAUUCGAGAUUUAAUUGGACCAAAGGUUGAUUUGAAAAUGGUUGAAGAAGGUCCAAUUUGUCGUUUGGAAAAGUAAUCUAAAGUGCAUAAUAUAAUUUUUAAGUUAUUUUUACCAAAUAAAAUUGCUUAAUUAUAUAAUGUGA